GUGUCCAGGAAAUUACAUCCAGGAAGGGGUUGGACAGGUAGCCAUCACUAUUGAAGGAGUAGUCUCGACCACCAAGCGUGAUGUUGCUGAAAUACCUGCAUGGUGAUGGAUAUAUGCACAAGGAGAAGGCAGACGAAACCCUCAUGGAACAACAGCUUGCAGUUACAGACAGUGAACAGCAGGCUCAUCUUCAGACUGAAUAAACUUCUCUAUUCAGUAUCGCGUGUAUGCUCCAUAUGUGGAUCAAGAAUGACGGGCAUUAAAAAGAUGAUAACCAGAACCAGUCGGACUACCUGUUAGAGUGUGCCGCUGCCUGUUUGCACAGCCUACGAGGAAUAUAUUAAAGCCGGCUCAUUAAUAUACAUGAGACAUGGUCCGCUUGCUACAGAUGCUGGGGAACAUCAGAGGCAGAGCGACAGCCCCAGUUGGUGCCAUUUACAGAUCAAACACUGCAGAGUUUCGGCAGAUCAGCGACCCUGACCUUCAGCUUCCCCUCCGUCCCACCGGCACUUCCCCAAACCUUUUCUUCACAGAGAGGAUGUGCGACAUUGUGACACUGCUAAAAGUCUGACCUAAAUACUUCAGGUUUUUGAUGAUUGGACCAAAACAGAGAUCAGAGGCGUCCGGCGGGCUUGUCGUGAUAGUGCGAGGGAAAGGGGAGGAAGGCUGAGGAUCUGGACACACUCGCACAGAGAUGCUGUGAGAUGAAAAAGCUGCAGCGCAUCAGCUCCCUGCCCCCAAACCAAGCCACAGCUAAUCCAUGCCUGGGCGGGAGAGCUCCAUCAUUCACACGCUUGGAGGGGACGCCGGACAACCUUUGACCUUGGCUUGUGACCACACCUUGAGAUUGAAGAGCCGUACAGGAUCGGGCAGCUGUACAUGAUCAGCAAGCACAGCUGUGAGCAGAGUGGUGGGGGAGAAGGGGUGGAGGUGGUGCGGAAUGAGUCAGACAUUCACCCCCAGCACGGGCCAGGACAGCUGACUGAGAAACGAAUCUACCUCAGCAGUAAACUGCCGUCCUGGAUGAAAGCGAUUGUCCCAAGAUUCUUUUAUGUGACAGAAAAGGCCUGGAACUUCUACCCGUACACCAUCACAGAGUACUCAGUAUCAUUCCUCCCCAAGUUCAGCAUCCGUAUUGAGACGAGAUUCGAGAACAACAAGGGCGAUAACGACAAUGUGUUCGGGGACACGCCGACCCCAGCAGAGAAUGUCAGCUUCCUGGAUAUCCUGAGUGACCCCAUCCCCGAAAAGAGCUACAAGGAGAUGGAGGACCUGAGUCACUGGCAGUCAAGUAAAACUGGUCGGGGGCCUCUGGAGGAAGGCUGGAAAGAUGACCACAAGCCCAUUAUGUGCUCCUAUAAGAGGGUGCAGUGCAGCUUCGAGGUCUACGGCUUCCAGACCAGGACCGAGGAGUUCGUACACAGGAACAUCCGGGACAUUCUUCUGGUCGGUCACAGACAGGCAGUGGCGUGGAUAGACGAAUGGCACGGACUGAGCUUGGAGGAGGUGAGAGAGUACGAGCAGGCGAUGCAAGAGAAGACCAACAGCAAAGUCAAAUCCAACCAGAACAGCACAGGCCCACCGGCUGCCUCUCGUCCCAUGUUCUCUCGCUCCAUUUCAGUGACGGAUGAGCGUUCCCUGAAGAAGAUGGGAUUGACGACUGCGGCCAUGUCUGACCCCUCUGACUCCUCUGUGCCGCAAAGUCCCAUGCGCCUCAACUCCACCCCUGAAUGAUGCCUCAAGCACAAACACGCACGCACACACACACUCACACCAAUGUCAAACAGUGAAGCCAACAUCAUCCUAAAUGGAAGAGUCCGACACAGUCUCUUCACUUAAUGGCAAAGAGUCAGAGGAGAAGAUCAAUACUUUCAUAUCUGUAUGUUUAAGGUGUAAUGUGUAAGAAUUUAGAUUUGAAACAACCAAAAAAUGAGCUGAAAUCAUCGACAGGACGUGAGGAAACAACAGACUUUGUAUUAUGUAAACGAUGUCUGUGUAUUGUGUUGCAGGAAUAUCUACUGAUGUUAGCAGGCUAACCAGCUAGCUCCAGCCUGUUGUGUCUCAUAAUACCACAUCCUGCUCCCAGUCUGGAUCGUUUGCUGCAUGGCUAACUGAGCUAACUGUGCUAACUAGCUAACGACAGGUACAGUGAGCAGCAGUUAGCGGUUGCUGUGUUGAUAGGCUGCCCACUAUUUGUUUGGAGUAACCUUCGACAGGUGGCCAAUUCUUACAUACUGCCCUUUUAAAUGUAAAUCUGCAGCUAGCAGCUGAUUAGCUUAGCUGAGCUUAGCUUAGCUUAGCUUAGCUUAGCUUAGCUUAGCUUAGCUUAGCUUAGCUUAGCUUAGGGACUGGGAACACUGGUUCUUCCAAUAUGAGCACUUCUGAAGUAUGCUUCUUAUAUCUUGCUUGAUAAAUCCAUAGAAGACACAAAGUAAGGCUAAUAUCAGGCUAACUAGUCUCUUAGAUUCUAGUCCUUGUGUUAAGCUGAGCUAACUGGCUGCUGGCUCAGUAAUGACAGAUAUGAAAUAGGUAUUGAUCUUCUAAUUUAGCUAUCCAGCAAAGAGCAAAGAAUUACAUCUAUUUGAUCUUAAUAUGCACAUGUAGUUGUUCUAUUCACAGACGGAUGCUGCACAAACGCACACAAAAGAACACACAACCAUUCUGCUCCUAUUCCAGGACACUUUCCAUGAGAAUCCUUCCAGUGUGUUGAGCAGCCUGUAAACAUGGUGCAUUUCAGUGCCUUCUCUCAGGUCCUCAGCCAUACUGGAGCUCAACGACCACCAGCCGAGCCCUCUCGAUUGUUUCCCACCCCCCAGCCGUGGCCUACAGACAGAUGCAUAAGGAGUUUAAUAGAGUGGAUCUAAUGAGAGAGCAGAGGAGAACUGGGGAGGGUGUCAAUGCAAUGGAUCUGCUCUCCUCUCCACCUCAGCCAAUAGGUCAGAUCAGGUGUAUUGACAGAGGGCAGUGAGGCGUCGUAUUGGUUCCUUGAUUGCUUAGCAGAGAGCUGCAAAUGGGUCAAGCCAGGGUUAAAUGUCAAUUAUGAGUCAAUAAUGUUAACAUGUGUAAGACUGUUAGCUUGUUUUUUUUUUGUUUUUGUUUUUUCCAUGAACAUUUACAGGAGAAUGGGUUCUCAUCUUCAGGGAUCAAUUAUGAAAAAAUACAGUCUGCUGUAGUCUUAUUUGUAAAAAAAAAAAAAAAAAAAGAUUCACUUCAAAAUAAGUUAUAUAAAAAAAAGUAGAGAUGGUUGGUGGAAAUUACACUGUAUAGUCUUUUGUAAUGGAUUUGUACCAAUAAAUGCAAUUUCUUUCCACA